ACUAUAAACACCAUGGCUGUGCUCCUCCGUCGAUUUCUCUGGCUGAUCAGUGUUGCCUUAGUUUUGACUGAUGAUAAUUCCGAUGAGAAUGCAUUCUAUAUAGCUGGUGUAGUGGAAUAUAGGCCAACGUUUAUGGGCGGCACUUCAGAACAGCUGUUGCAGGCGAAUCUGGCUGGUUAUCUGGAGAUCAUGGCAUCUGGCAAUGGCACUACGGACAUCAUAGUCUUUCCGGAGGCCACUCUAAAUAGUGUGGUUACCCUGACUGCGGUGCCUAAAUUUACGGAGCAAAGUUUGUGUGAAGAACAGGUUGGCGAUGAUCCGGAAAUAGCACCAUUUCUCAGAUCUUUGGCCUGUGCCGCCAGGCAGUAUAGCACCUAUUUGGUGGUCAAUGUCAAGGAGCGAGAGCAGUGUACUUCGGAUGAGACAUGUUCCAGUCGUGGCUAUUCGAUUCACAAUACCAACGUAGUGUUCGAUAGACAAGGAGCGGUGAUAUCGCGCUACAGGAAAUGGAAUCUUUACUUGGAACCAUCCACCAAUCGAACUGAAUCCCCUGAAAUUGCCACCUUUACGACGGAUUUCAAUGUGACCUUCGGUCAUUUCAUCUGCUUCGAUAUGCUCUUCUAUACGCCCGCUCAGGAUUUGGUGGAGCAACUGGGCAUCCGCCAUGUGAUUGUCACCAAAAUGUUCAACUCGGAGCUGCCUUUCCUCACAGCCUCCCAAUUCCAACAGGGCUGGGCGUGGGCCAAUCGGGUGAACCUCCUGGCCUCCGGAGGAAGUCUUCCGCAGGGUGGGAUGAGUGGCAGUGGAAUUUACGCGGGUCAACAGGGCGCUCUGGCGCGACUCAUGAUCACGGAUGAGCUGGAGGGUCAGAGGAGGUUGCUCCUGGCUAAAGUUCCCCUCAAUCCCGAGGAGCCGAUAGCCACGGAUGAGAUCUUGGAACCCGAAAACCCGACUCCUGUAAAACUAAAACUACUGCAGCAACCGGAACUAAAGAACUUUACCACCUGGGAGUUGCCCAUGGUCCGGGGCAGUUCGGUGGACAAGAGAAUAUGCCAGGAGGACUUGUGCUGCGAGUUCCGGGUCACUUGGACCCUGGAGGACACCCAACCGGAAUAUAACUACCGAUUGGGGGUUUGGGUGGGCCAGAGGCGGUACGAGGAGGAGCAGUACAGUGCUAUCCGGCUGUGUGGCCUGUUCGCCUGCAAAGGUGCCAAUGUAGAGAGUUGCGGCCUGGUCAGCGAGGAGGAGGUACACCUGCAAGACCACCGAGUGGUGUUCACCGACCUGCAGAUCCUUGGCGAGUUUGUACGUAGGCCACGACGUCUCAUAUUGCCCAGCACCCUCAGCUCCUCCAGUUUCUAUGCUCUGCAACCAUCCCAAUUAGCGUGGUCCAUGGAGGAAUUGGGUAAUGUAACGCGGAUUAAGAUGGAGCUGCGACAACCGCACAGCCAGCUAAUGACCUUCGCCAUAUAUGGCAACUAUUUCGAUGAGUAUGCGAAUGGUGGAGCUGGAAGAUUGGGAAACCUGCUGUUUCUCCUAAUCACGCCGCUAAUUAUGAUGCAUCUAUUUCGGGAGUAGGGCGAUCCACACUGCACACAUAACUUAGUUGAUUUCUAUUUUUUUUGUUAGCUAUUUUUAUUCCAGUCUAAGUUUUCAAAUUAAGAAAUUUUCCAUAUUUUUUAGGAAUAUUUGAAAUUAUUAUUAUUUAUAAUGAUUCCGAAUGGUGGAAAACCACCAAAUAAACUGAUUCAGAAAUGCGUAAUUUUCGUUGAGCACUUGCAAAACUAUUGAAAUCAAACAAGUCUAUUAAUUGCCAGUCGUUUUUCGCAAAUUCGCUUUAAUAUUCAUUCAUAAAUCAAAAAGAGAUGCAUAAAAAUGUUGAUUUAUUCGCGAGGCUGUCAAAACGAUUAGUUUCGUUUUGUCGCCUGGCAACUCAUUAAAAUCAAUGCGUGCAUGCAUAAGUGUGAGUGAGUGUGCUCGUGUGAGAGUAUGUGUGUGUGUGUGUAUGUGCACUGCAUUUGCUGCGGGCUGCACUUUAUAUUUGCCAUUGUUUGUGUAGUUGCCCUUAAGCUGGCACAUUGUAAUUAAGUGUCGCUCAAACAGAAGCACACUGUGAAAAAAGCUGUAUUUUACGGUAGAAAUGUGUUACAUA